AUGACGAACCAAUACACUUCCAUCGACACCUUCAAGCGCGCCCGCGAGCUCAAAGCCUCAGCUUUGCAGAACAUUUCCAUCCUGAAACCUAUACCUUCUUCAUUUGACGAACGCCCUACAGCCGCCACCUUCGAAGACACGCUCAUCAGGACCCUCCGCGCCGAAGGCAAACCCUGGGCCGACAUCAACGCCUACCUCAAUGAGCGUCGCGUGUCCAACAAGGAAGCACCAACCUGGACCGAAGCCGCCGUGUACUCGCGCUUCAUCCUUAACAGCUCUACGAUCGCGACGCCGGCAAAGGAGAUUGGCUUCGAGCCGCGCGACUACGCACAUCUGAGGAAUGCGGGGAGUGGACGCGAGGGUACGAGUAAGGCAGGCAAGAAGCGCGUGAAAGACUUCCAGAAUGCGACAGAGUUGAGUGCGAAUAUCCGGAAGCCCGCCGGCGAAUCGGAGGAAGGGAUUGUCAAAAUGGAUGAGGGGAUGGUUGAGGUGCUGAUGCGCGCUGUGGCUAAAGUGGAGAGGAGCUUCUGGGUGUUCGUGGCUGAUGAGGUAGAGAGGGAGGGCGGGAAGUACAUUGAGCCGAAGGAGUUGGAGAAGAUAUUCCAUGACAUCUGA